AUGUGUAGCAACCAAGCCAGCCUACAGGAUGAACAAUGCAAAUUCUAUUCUUACAUGUUUUAUCAGGCUGUUCGCGAUAAGGAGCCUGUGUGGAAGUUGGAAGAAAUGAGAACUAUGGAAUAUUUUCACUGGGAGGAUGAUGCAAGCCUGAGGUGUUAUUCUCCAUCUGAUGCUCUCAUGUAUGCUGUGGUGCAUAAUCACCUACGCUAUGCCCAGUAUUUGCUGUCUCACUUCCCAGAAGAAGCCUUAAAGGUGCCUGGCAUAAAAUUCUGCUGUUGCCCUCCUUCUGCACCUCACCUAGCCCUGGCUGUUACUUAUGACAGAAGAGAUAUCUUAAUAAUGAUCAUUAAAAUGGUUCAUGAAUUCCCUAAUCUUCACUCCUAUAUUAACAGGGCAAGUUGCUUUCAUCUAUCAGAUGGAAAGACUCCAUUACAUCUGGCAUGCGAGCUUCUCAGCCCUGCAACCGUCUUGAUCCUUCUUGGCAAUGGAGCAUCUUCAAGGAUAGGGGACCGUAAUGGAGAAACUCCACUGGAUGUCAUUUUGGAGCAAUUAUGGAGCUCCAAGGUUAAUACAGAUUCUAAAAAACUCUGCUUAGAAUAUCUUUUACUUUUUUCACCUUCAUUGAAUUUCAAGAUGAGAAAGAUGUUGCGUGACAAUCCUGGCUUUUGGACACCUUUACUUGGAGAGGACAAGUUUCAUUAUCUUGUGGGUAUUAAACCUGCUACGCUUUAUCUUACAGCUAUGCAAAAAGUUCUGCAGUGUCUGCACCCUUCAAAUUUCCCCCAAAGCAUUCAAGCCCUUCCUAUCCCUCAUUCUCUAAAACCCCUGCCAGGCUUGCAUUAAUUAUUAGGUAAACCAAAUACUCUU